UGCAGGGGACCGGUCCUGGGGGCAGAGCCGGGAUUUCCUUUGCAGCCGGCCACCCUUCCCCCCUCCCCGAGGGCUUUUGCACACGACGCGAGGCGGGCGGCUUCACACGAGGUGGCCAGGGCCGGGGAUAAAGCGGGCGGGCCCGGGGCGCAGCGGCAGGACCGGAGCGGAAGGUAGAAGGUGACUGCGAGCAGCCAUCGUCCCGCGCGCAACUUCGAGGGCGCACUAGGAGAGGCAGCAUGCAGACCAUGGACAAGCAGAACCUGCUGGAGAGCACACGCGGAGUCGGGUCAUUCUUAGGAUCUCUGUGGAAGAGUGAAGCUAGCUGGAUCCCUCCUGUGGACCUGCCCGCUGUUGAGCUGGCUGUCCAGAGCAACCAUUAUUGCCAUGCCCAGAAGGAUUCUGGGAGUCACCCUGACCCCGAGAAGCAGAGGGCCCGACGAAAACUCUAUGUGGCCUCUGCCAUCUGCCUGGUGUUCAUGAUUGGAGAGAUCGUUGGUGGGUACCUGGCACAGAGCCUGGCCAUUAUGACGGAUGCGGCCCACCUGCUCACUGAUUUUGCCAGCAUGCUCAUUAGCCUCUUCUCCCUCUGGGUGUCUUCCCGACCGGCCACCAAGACCAUGAACUUCGGCUGGCAGCGAGCUGAGAUCCUUGGAGCCUUGCUGUCUGUGCUGUCCAUUUGGGUGGUGACUGGGGUGCUUGUGUACCUGGCUGUGCAGCGGUUGAUUUCUGGAGAUUAUGAGAUCAAAGGGGACACCAUGUUGAUCACUUCAGGCUGUGCUGUAGCUGUGAACAUCAUAAUGGGGUUGGCCCUCCAUCAGUCUGGACAUGGCCACAGCCAUGGGCACAGCCAUGACAACAGCAGCCAGGAGCAGAACCCCAGUGUCCGAGCUGCCUUCAUUCACGUGAUUGGGGACCUUCUGCAGAGUGUCGGCGUCUUGGUGGCGGCCUAUAUCAUAUACUUCAAGCCCGAGUACAAGUACGUGGACCCCAUCUGCACCUUCCUCUUCUCUGUCCUGGUCUUGGGGACAACGCUGACCAUCCUGAGAGAUGUGAUUUUGGUUCUCAUGGAAGGAACUCCCAAAGGUGUGGACUUCACAACCGUGAAAAAUCUCCUGCUGUCUGUGGAUGGGGUCGAAGCCUUGCACAGCCUACAUAUCUGGGCGCUGACAGUGGCCCAGCCAGUGCUGUCUGUCCACAUAGCCAUUGCCCAGAAUGCUGACGCCCAGGCUGUGCUGAAGGUGGCUAGGGACCGCCUCCAGGGGAAGUUCAAUUUCCACACCAUGACCAUCCAAAUUGAGAGUUACUCUGAGGACAUGAAGAGCUGCCAGGAGUGCCAGGGCCCCUCUGAGUGACUGCCUGGCCAGACACCAUCUCAGCAGAAGCAUGGUCAGGACCUGUGGGUAGAACACUUGGUGUGCAGCCAGGACUCUGGGCUCAAGGCACUGCCUGGACCACUCCACAGUGGGGCUCUCCUUAGCCUGUGAGCUCACAGGAUGAGGACACAGCAGAUGAGGGCCCACUUCUCUUCCAGGACUGUGUUUGGGCUGGAUCCUGAACUGAUGUCAUCCUAACACCACAGCUGGAGAGACACUGAGGCACAGAAGGGGAUUUUGGGGUGUCCUGUAUGAUCCAGGGUCUCUGUGUCUGAACCAAAAAUGGAACAAGAUCCCUGUAACAUGUGACUGGGUAGUCGGGGCUCCCUUUGCAGGGUCAGUCUCAUUGAUAAAAGAAUUAUGAGCCAGACUCAGGAACAAGAUCUGAGGAUGUUUUAUUAGAAUUUGGGAGAAAGAAAAAACAAACAAAACAAAAAACCAUAGUCCAGGCAAGCCAUAAAUCUCAGCAGCUGCUGGUGGAGAGUGAGAGACGAGAGAAAGUCAAGGCUUUUGAGUUCCGGUUAGCAAUGGAGUUCUGUAAACAUCUGGAUGGCUAUAAUGGGGGAGGGGGUAAAGGAACACUGAGAAAGAUGUGCACGAACAAGCAGGCGUGUGCGUGUGCACACAAUUUAAAAAAUGGAGAGAGAAAAAGGGGGAAAGCAAAAUCAGGCUUCUGAGUUAGAGUCUAGGGAAACAAGCUGACUUAGCAGUUAAGGUCUAUAAGCAAGUGUCUGUACGUGGGGCCCAGAGAGCCCUAAUCAAGGAGAUAACUGUUCCUUAGCAUGUCUUUGGGUGACCAAUGGGCCCAAUUGAACGAACUCGAAAAAGACUGAGUAGAGGUCGGCCCCUGACUUGGUGGAGCUGUUUCUCUCCAUCUUUACGUGAAUGUUUGUGUUCAGUGUUAGGUAGUCAGGUCUGAGCCAUCCUGGGGUGGGGGUGGGGGGCUAUGGGAAGUAAUGUCCUAAUCUUUGGGACAGAGUAGUUACAUUGUCACCAGGGGUAGAACCUAGCUUCUAUCUUUUUGACCAGGAGAAAUUUGCUUCUAAGAGAUUUGCUUCUAAGAGAGACGGGUCUCAAGGAUCCUUCCCUGGUUUGCUUUACCCAGUUGGGAGCAGAGAGCCCCUGCCUCUGUUAUUUAACAUGGCUUUCCAACCAUGGGCGUUCAUACAACUCUCCCUGAGAUGUGGGGCCAAAGGGCACAUGAGGCCUCUCUCUGCCUUGCUCACUUUGGCUGUGGGCCCCCUGUGACUUCCUAGAGGGGGAGGAGGAAGAAGAGGCCCCUUCAUUGGGAAACCUGGCUGGUUUCUUCCUUCCUGGUACCUAAGCCCAGGAAGCCAAGUCAGUGUAUCUAUGGCCUUGACAGAGGUGACAGGGACAGAUUCCAGUUAGAUCUUGUUCUCACAGCUCCAGGGCCAGGCCACUUCCCUUGACCUGACUAUCUCAAGAGAUUAGUAAAUCCUGCUUUAUUGCCUGGGUGACCAGGACCUAGUUAGGGAUGAGGAUGUGUCCAGGGGCUGGCAGGAGGGGUGUCCUUGGAGUCUGUGUGAAAAAUCCUUAGAGCUCGCUUGAGGUUACAGAUGAAAGGGGUGACAGGCCUACCUUCACAGGAAGGCCCGGGCCAAUGUCUGUAUCUGUUAUUGCAGGCCAACUGAAGGUUGUCCCUUCUCGGUGUCUGUGACUCAUACAGAGACCAGGAACAUCGUGACAUCUUCCCCACAGGAGUGUGCAGACAGCUGAGCCUGCUAAGGGCCUAGUGGUUGUGUAUUGGUCUCUUUGAUCAGUGUCCUGGGAAAGGCUCUUGUGAAGGGCCAGCAGGCUUCUCAGCGCGGCUGUGUUGGCUCUGUCCUGGCACAGUAAGAGGAAAGGCUAGGUGUUGGCCUCCACCAACACCACCUCAUUUAAAAAAAAUAAAUGGCUAGCAUUUGUUUUA